AAACUUUUAUUCAUUUCUUCGGUUAGAGAUUCCCAUUGAGAGUCCUUCACAUUGAUUGAACCUCACGGCUUGCCAUCAUCUCUCGUUUGUGAGUGUGGAUUUGCAUUUUGCAUUGAUUGAUGAUUUGAUUACCUAUCGGUCUCAAACUCUCUCACCCUCAUCCACUCGUGAGUUUUGGCUCCCUUCUCUUUCGUGGGUUGUUCGCUUUUUGUUGAGUUCUUUUGCGUUAGCUUUCUUUCUUUAAUAUUCUCAAACACCCCAUUUGCCCAUUUGCCCUGUCAUCUACUUGGCCUCUCUUUUGUUUCCUUAGAUACCCAUUUGGCCAUUGGCUCUUGAUCUAUAAAGGGUGGUCUGUGGUUUUUCAAUAAUAUAUGAAUGCUGGGAAGAAAUGAUAGGGCAAUAUUAGAACGGAAGAAAGUAGUAGAAGAUAGCAAAGAGAAGAUCUGCUGAUCAAAAGGAUUGUCUGUAUAUGGCUAUGUCUACAGAGACAGCUAUGGCUAUCAAGUCUUACCAGAAUCAGGCUGAGGCAUUAGUUAAGAAUUACUUAUUAGCAGAUCCUUUCAUUCCUUACACUUCCGUCCUUGGUGGCAUUUUUGCUUGCAAAGUGGCCUAUGAUCUCACUCAAUUAAUCAGCACUUUUUACAUCAAAACUUAUAAUAGUCUUACAAAAAUUCAACGAAUUGAGUGGAACAAUCGAGGUAUGUCUACAAUUCAUGCUGUUUUCAUCACGGCUAUGUCACUGUACUUUGUCUUCUGGUCAGAUCUCUUUUCUGACCAACAGCAUACUGGCAUUGUUACAUUAAGAAGUUCACAAUUCUCCAUUGUUGGACUUGGGGUUUCUGUUGGAUACUUCUUUGCAGACCUUGGAAUGAUUUUUUUGUACUAUCCUACUUUGGGUGGAAAGGAGUAUGUUAUCCAUCAUUCUCUUUCUACAAUUGCAGUAGCAUAUUCUAUGUUGUCUGGAGAAAUGCAGCUUUAUACAUACAUGUGCCUGAUCUCCGAAGUGACAACUCCAGAGAUUAAUAUGAGAUGGUAUCUUGAUACAGCUGGUCUGAAGAGGUCUGCUGCAUAUCUUAUUAAUGGUCUAGCAAUCUUUCUUGCUUGGCUGAUGGCAAGAAUUCUGCUGUUUCUUUACAUGUUUCACCACAUCUACUUGCACUAUGAUCAGGUUAUCCAGAUGAGCCUCUUUGGCUGCCUUCUGGUCUUUUUGGUUCCAGCAGUAUUAUUUAUCAUGAACUUGAUGUGGUUUGGGAAGAUCAUCAAAGCAAGUCCAAGAAACCCUAAUUCACUCAUUCUUGAUCUUACCCUAGCUUCUAGGGCUUCCUUUCCAACUUAUCCAAAAGCUUCCACUUCUUCAAGAAAGAGUGUCUCAAUAGAUGUUUUUGGCGCGAAGAAGCCUUCAAGGGAAGUUAGAGAUGGGUAUUUGAUAUCUCUAAAUAUAGGCACACCCCCACAAGUCAUUCAAGUGCUCAUGGAUACCGGCACUGACCUUACUUGGGUUCCUUGUGGAAACCUUUCUUUUGAUUGCAUGGAAUGUGAUGAUUAUAGAAACAAUAAGUUGAUGGCUACUUUCUCUCCUUCCUAUUCUUCUUCAUCAUAUAGGGACUCUUGUGCUAGCCCCUUCUGCAUUGAUAUUCAUAGUUCUGAUAACCCUUUGGAUCCAUGCACUGUGGCUGGAUGCUCUUUGAGCACACUUGUUAAAGCCACGUGUUCUAGGCCAUGCCCUUCAUUUGCUCACACAUACGGUGCAGAAGGGGUGGUCAAUGGGAUACUAACUAGGGAUACACUCAGGGUUAAUGGAAGUAGUCCUGGAGUCACUAAAGAAAUUCCAAAAUUCUGUUUUGGUUGUGUAGGGUCUGCAUAUAGGGAGCCUAUUGGGAUUGCAGGGUUUGGUAGGGGUACACUUUCUCUGGCUUCACAACUAGGGUUUCUUCAGAAGGGCUUCUCACAUUGCUUCUUGGCCUUCAAAUACGCAAACAAUCCUAAUAUUUCAAGCCCAUUAAUUAUAGGAGAUAUUGCCCUUACUUCUAAAGAUGAUAUGCAAUUCACUCCGAUGUUGAAUAGUCCCAUGUACCCUAAUUACUACUACGUUGGUCUAGAGGCCAUAACUGUUGGCAAUGUUAGUGCAACUGAAGUGCCUUCAAGCUUGAGGGAGUUUGAUUCACUGGGUAAUGGGGGCAUGAAGAUUGACUCAGGAACCACUUACACUCACCUACCUGAACCGCUCUAUUCUCAGGUUCUCUCUAUUCUUCAGUCAGCAAUAAAUUAUCCUAGAGACACUGGCAUGGAGAUGCAAACCGGGUUUGAUCUUUGCUAUAAGGUCCCACGUCCAAACAAUAACACUCUCACGUCGGGUGAUCUCCUUCCUUCAAUCACUUUCCAUUUCUUGAACAAUGUGAGUCUAGUUUUGCCCCAAGGAAAUCACUUCUAUCCUGUGAGUGCCCCAACUAACUAUGCUGUGGUCAAAUGCCUCAUGUUCCAAAGCAUGGAUGAUGGUGAUGAUGGACCAGCUGGGGUGUUUGGGAGCUUCCAACAACAAAAUGUGGAGGUCGUCUAUGACUUAGAGAAAGAGAGAAUUGGGUUUCAACCAAUGGACUGUGCUUCAGCUGCAUCUUCUCAACCACUACACAAGACCUGAUGGUAGUUCCU